AUGACGAUCAACACGCCACUGCGGUCUUUAGUAAACCGUCUCGGUCAAGUCGCACUGAAAGACGCCUCGAAUCCUUCCCCCCAAGUCCACUAUGAGCUACUGCACAUGAUCGAGCAGCUGCGAUCUGCGGUGGAAUCACCAACAGAGACUGUGUUGCGGUUGAUCUACCAGCCUCCGCAAAAUGCCGCUGUACGGAUUGUGAUUGAAUUGGGUAUCUUUAGCUUGCUAGUGAGGGACACAGAUCUUUCCGCCACUCAGCUGGCGGAGUAUACAGGUGCCGAACGAGAACUCAUUGGUAUCACUCCCUGCAGAGAGAAAGCCCGGGAUCACGGACUGUGGAGCCCGCUAACUCGUAUAGUUCGAUUGAUGCGUGUCAUGGUGUCGUUGGGGUUGUGCAGCAUGUCAGCCCCGGAGGUGUACACUGCAAAUGAGAAGACCGUGGCGUUCACUCAGCCCAUUGGAAGAGAUGGCCUUGCGUGCAUAUUCGAUUUGACGCUACCCACCCUUAGCAAGCUCCCAGAGUAUAUGCGCUCACAUGGAUAUUCCAACCCCAAGGAUUACGCGCUGUCGCCUAUGCAGUGGGCAGUUGGACAGAGCCAGUUUGAGUGGUUGGCGAGUCACCCGGAACAACAGCGGUUAUUCAACUCCUACAUGACCAGUCGUCGGGAUGGGAGGCCAAUGUGGUUCGAUGUGUAUCCCGUGGAGCGCUUGCUCGGCCAUGGCGUACCUUUCAAGGAUACGACCUUCUUGGUCGAUGUCGGAGGGAAUCAGGGACAUGAUCUGGCUAAGUUCCGCCGAGAAUACGGUCAUCUGCCCGGGCGGCUAGUGCUGCAGGACUUGCCAGACGUGGUCUCGGGUGCCUUGGGGGUCUCGAAGGAUGCGGACGCCAUCGAGGUGAUGGCUUACAGCUUCCUGGACCCUCAGCCGGUCAAGGGAGCUCGUGCAUACUACUUUCGAGCCAUUUUCCACGACUGGCCAGAUCAUAUCUGUCAAGUGAUUCUGCGUAAUACCAUCUCUGCAAUGGCGCGGGAUUAUUCCCGCAUUCUGAUCGUGGAUUUUGUGCUCUCGGACAUGGAAACUCCCCUUAUGCAAGCGUCAAUCGAUAUUCAGAUGAUGGGUAUCGGAGCGGGAAUGGAACGGUCGAAAAAGCAAUGGAAGCAGCUGUUAGAAAGUGUUGGCUUAGAGAUCACCGGGAUAUGGAGUCAAAGCCCCGGGAUGGAGUCAGUGAUCGAGGCAGUACCGAUGUCCAUAUGA